UUCGAGAGUGUACCGAAAAUAAAUCAGAACGGAACUUCUGAACUUCAUUCAGUAUGAAUAAAUCUUUUUUGGCUCAAGGUGGAACACCAAUUUCUGCAGAAUUAGCAACGGAAUUGCGGCAAUUAGUAUUUGGUACAUCAGCUGUGCCAAUGAGAGCUGAAUGGACUCAAACACCUUUCAUAUAUGGUGCACCAAAAGAAGAACUACCUUAUGGUUUACGUUCACCACGCAAUGCAACACGCGGUCUUUUAUCAGUGGUACAAGCUUUUGCCCUUAAAUAUUUUUUAUUCAGUCGUAAGGCGCGCUCAAGCUGUAAUACGGACCUUUUAAGUCCAAGUGUGGAAAUGCAACGACUGGCACUGGUUACCGCUAUGGUGGAGAUAUUACGAAAUAUAGCGGACAAGGGAAAAGUUAUUAUGGUGUUACAUUCACCUGACGAUGAACCAUUUGUCCCUCACACUGUUACAUAUUUUCAUGAUUCAGUAACUGAAAAAUUAUAUGUCUUUACUUUGUCACCUCAUGAUGAAUUGGAAUUCUUUAUUAAGCGUAACUUUAAUCAAUUUACAGAAGAAGAUACGCCUGGUACUCUGCUAUUUCUCUAUAGCGCAGUCUUAACCCGCACAAUGGGCAAAAUACGCACAGAUUUAGAUUCCAAUAACCAACCUUUAACUUUACCGACCAAUGAGGAAGGUUCUCUGAUGAUUGUCACUUUAUUGAUAUCUGGUAGAGCUACGCCUCAUAUCCACAAUGGUGUUAUAAAUGUUGGAGAUGAAAAUAGUUAUGCUGUACCGCAAUAUGGAAUUUUAAGCCGUUGUACAAUAGGUUUGUUGUUGUGGGAAAAUGAAUGCGGACAGGCAAGAAAUUCCUCCUCGUCAGCACCGGUAGUUAUGAGACAACCUGGCUCUCGACUUAAGACACCGACUUCACCUAUUUGGGUAACAAGUUGUGCUGGACAUUUUGGUGUUCUCUUUAAUCAAAAUCCGGAAUUGUUAAGGAACUAUCAUGCCGAAUCACGAUUUGAUGUAAUGUAUUAUAGCUGUUCGGGACAUCAACUAUCAAUGACUAUUGAUAAUCGUACUUAUAAUGAAAUGGCAUGCAGCAUGUUAGAAAGGCAAUCACCAUCAUCUGAAAAUAACUCUCUUUCUGGACGUGGUAACAAGGACGAACAAAAUGGCAGAGGAAAUAGUGUAGAUAUUAUAUCGCAAGAAGAAAAUACAUUAAAUACUCCUUUGCAGCGUUUGAUACACACAAAGUGGGAAGAGGCACAUAUACGUUUCCAUGGACAGCCGUCACUUUUAAGCUACUUAUUUAGCACAAAUCAGUAAACCUUCCAAUUUUAAUUAAGGAAAGUAUGCAAUAAAAUGCUUUAUUAUAUAUAUAUAUAUUAUAC